AUGUCUCGCGCAUCGGCUCAAAGACAGCAACCCAGUUCAUCAAGGCCAACAGGCGCAAAUGGCGCGAAGCCCGCAGACAACGUCAUCCGCACCAAGAUCCUGCUCCUCGGCAUGCGCAGGAGUGGAAAGACAUCCAUCCAGGAGGUCCUCUUCGGCAACUGUGUCCCGCGAGAAACCCUCUACCUUGAGACCACCACCCGAAUCACAAAGCACUACUUCGACACCAUCAUACCUCUCGAAGUUUGGGACUGCCCUGGCGACAUCACCUUGGAAGCACUCGACACCCCCUUGACCCAGUUCUCCACCAUGAUCUUCGUUAUAGAUAUCCAAGACCUGUACCAACAACCGAUCAAGAAACUUGUAGACUUCGUUAUCGCGGCGUACCAGGAAAACCAGGAACUCCCCAAUAUGAACCUCGAGGUCUUCGUCCAUAAGGCGGAUGUCCUGACCGAAGAGUAUAAGAUCGAGAACUUCCGUCAUAUCCAAGCAAGGGUUCUCUCCGACUUGAGCUAUGAUGGCGCAGAGUACGAAACGAUCCCGAUCAACUUUCAGCUCACGUCGAUUUUCGACCAUUCACUACACGACGCCUUUUCGCGCGUCCUGCACAAGUUGAUCGACUCUCUUCCAUACCUUGAGGAUCUGCUCAACGUCUUCUGCGCUAACUCCCAAGCAACCAAGGCGUUUCUCUUCGACACGAAGUCGAGGCUAUACGUCGCCACGGACGCGUCCCCUGUAGAUCCUCCCACACAUAACCUAUGCAGCGACUACCUGCAAACCCUCAACAACUUCGGACCGCUGUACAAGUCAAUAUCGGCCUCCCCAUUCCGAAUGCGAACCGUCCCCCCAGAACCCAUCGACCCCCCAUCCCCCGACUCCGCCCCGACGUCCCCACAGUCGCAGUCGCAGCCUCAAUCCGGACUCGCAGCCCCGCCCACCGACGUCUCCUACCCCCACUCCCGCCUCGCCUCCCCUCUCGCCUCCCCGCACACCCCCGCGCGCUCCGCGCAGCACGCCACCAGCACUACCAGACCGGGCGCGGACGGGGCGGACGGGGGCGGGAAGCCCGUGUUCUGGCCGUGCGCGGCGGCGUCGCUCGCGCCGACCGCGGCGGGCGCGGGGACGACGCUCACGUACCACCUCAUCACGGCGCAGCUCGCGCUGCUCGCGAUUAUCCCCACUGGGGUGUUCGCGGCGCGGCGCGGGCUCGUGGAGUACAACGUCGUGUUCUUUCGGGAGGGCGUGCAGGAGAUAUGCGAUGUGGAGGCGGAGGCGCGGAAGGUGACGGCUUGA